CUUAAUAAUUAUGUUAAUUUUUGGACCCAGAAAAUACAAAUUUUAAGCGAAUUCUUUUAUUAAAAUUGGGACAAACUAAAUUUUUUAGUUUUAAGGAAGAGUGUCGUGGGGGCGUAUAUUUUUAGCAAUGUGCUCUAGAUUUACAAGCUGUCUGCUCACACGGAUGUCCGGUCCUCAGAGCCGGGGAACCGUGACCAUCGUGUUCAAGUGGCAGCUGCGCAACUACAGCGAUCCACCUCUCAUGGAUUGCGAUGCUUAUAAGGCGUACAAGGAGCAAAAGGCACUAGCAUUGAAGAAAAAGAAGGAGGCCAAAAUGAAGGAGGCGGCCAAGAAGGCCGCCGCCUGCCUCAAAAGCGAGUUGAACAAGUGCAUCAAGGAGAAGGAGAAGGCGCUAAUAGCGAAAGUGGAGUGCAUGACAGCGGAGGAGAAGAAGGCCAUGGGCGACAUGCUGGACUGCGUGAUGGCGGGCGUCAGGGAAAUCUGCUUCAAGUCAGUGCUGCAAAAGUACUGCAAGGAGCAGGAGCUGAAGCACCGCUACGAGAGACUGAUCAAAGAGAAAAAGAUCAAGGAGAUAAUGAAGAAGUGUCCUGCCAAAAAGGGGGAAAGCUCAGAGGAGGAGUGCAAGGACCCCAAAGCGGAGCAGACCGAAAAAGAGAAGGCAGCUAUCGCACAACAGUGUGAAGACCCAGAACGGUUCCAGAAGUGCAUAGAUGAGACUACCAAGCUGCUGAAAGCCGAGUUGGAGAAAUGUGAGUGCCAGGAAGAUCAGCAAGAGGAAGAAUGCUCCGAGAACGAAAACGAUAAUUGCGAAGAUAAGCCCAAGAACAAGGGAGUACAGCUCCGUGUAAAAGGUAUUAGACAGUCUCCCAAAAAGAAAGACGAUUCCGAGAAGCAGGAGGUUCCCACAUUGGAUAGUUGUAAGGAAGUGCCAAAGGAUAAAUGUGAAGAUCCUGUGAAAAAAGCAGAAGAGUCUUGUGACAAGAAAGAAAAACCUAAAGCAGAUGUAUGCCCACAGGAUGCUAAAGAGAAAAAUGAAUGCCCAGAGGAGAAAGAAGAAUCUGCGGAUCAGGUGUGCCCAGAGAAGCCAAAAAAGGAUACCAAAUGUCCAACAGAUCCUAAAGUUUCGAAGGGGAAGACCAAAUCUCCAUUCGAGCAGAAGAUGGAAGAUUGCAUGAAGGAAGAGUGGAAAGACAUAUGUGAAGCCCAGAAACUAUCAAGUCCCAAAGAGAAAAAGAAAGUAGCUGCUGUGGAGGAUUGUCUGAAGCAGGAAAUCAAGAAAAGGUGCCGCUCAAUGGUCAUCACUAAAAUGUGUGCUGACUCCUGGGGAGAACCAGAAAAGGAGAAUAAGUGUGAACAGCAGAAAGAACCAGAAGAAAAUCCGUCUAAUUGCGAGGACACCAAGGACUCUAAAAAAGCAAAGUUCCAAAAGUGCGUGGAGAAAAAAUGGAAGGACAAUUGUCCAAGUAUUGAAGAUCUUACGGAAAAGAAUAAUGUGGAUUUUUGCGAAGUUUCCGAGGAAGUGAAGAAAAUUAUGCUGCAAAUAUGCGAAGAGGACGCAAAAAAUAAAGAGUGCGAAAUUAAGGAACUGGAAGAAAAUAUCGAAAGGUGUGCGUUUCUAAAAAAAUGCGCAGACGCAAGGCUCAAAAGAAAGUGCGAUGAAGAAGAAAAGAUGAAAAAGUGCGAGGAAGAGGCAAGAAUAAAAAAAUGCGAGGAAGAAGAGAGAAAUAGAAUAUGCGAAGAGCUGAAGAAAAAACAAUGCGAGAUAAAGAAAAUGGAGGAUGAGCUAAAAGAACAAUGCGAAAAGAAAGAGAGCGCUGAGGAAUUGAAGAAGAAGUGCGAAGAGGAAGCCCGAAGAAAAAAAUGCGAAGAGUUUAAGAAAAAACAUGAAGAGCUAAUAAAAAACGAGGAGUUAAAGAAAAAAGAAGACGAGUCAAGGCCUAAAUGCGAAGAGAAAGAUCCUGUUAAAAAAUGCGAAGAGGAGGCCCUCAAGAAAAAAUGCGAAGAAGAAGCGCUAAAGAAAAAAUGCGAAAUGGAAGAGCAUCUAAGAAAAUGCGAAGAGGAGGCUCAAAAGAAAAAAUGUGAAGAGGAAGCUCUGAAGAAAAAAUGUGACGCACUGAAGAAAAAACUCGGAGAGCUAAAGAAAGAAGAGAAAGAUCUGAAUACAAAGCUUGAAGAUAUGUUGAAAAAAGAGGAACUGAAAAAGCAACAAGAGGAGGAAGAACAGAAAAAGAAAUGUGAAGAAGAUAAGGUUCUAAAAGAAUGUGAUAAAUUCGAUCAGAAGGAAAAAUGCAAUAACCAAGGAGCAGUCGACAAAGACACACCCCCCAAAGGAAAAUCUGCAAAAUAAAUCCUAAGUCCUAGAAGUAAAGCAGAGAGACUCAUCAGACAAGACAUCACUGCUGGAAAUGAUCAGUCAGUGGGAUUUGAUCAGAAGAUUAACUGCAGUUCUACAAAGUAAAGGGAUUCACAGCUCGGUCACAGGCAAGAUGACACAUAUGGUUUGGAGGACGACGGCGAUCGUCAAGGCCCCGUGUCAUCCAGUUGUGGCAGCUCUUUCCACAUUAUUCCAUAUUCGAAGAAAAGGCGACUGCACCAACUGGGCGGUCGUUUUUGCGAUCGCCACCGUGGUCUUGGUCAUUUAAAACGACAUCAGUGGAAUGCUGUCGGUCUCGUUAAAAUCCUGUGACAUAAAUGUGCUGAAACCUAUCCUUUAAUGACGUCCUCCUGUUUGUUGAGUGUCCAGGCCAUCAGCGUCAUUGCAUGCCCCGCAAUUGGCAACUGGUUAAUUCGGCGAUGAUUUAUCCAGAAACCAGAAUGUUUUUCACCUUUAAAGCUGUCAUGAAUUUCCUUUCACUUUACUUAGUUUUAUAAUAAAAUCUUCAGUGACUGCCCCCACGUAAA